CGCUGGGAGGUUCAGUCGAGAAACGGAGCUUGCAAGCGACACUUGUGGCAAGCGGAGAGACCGUCGUAAGAAAAACGGAAAAAGCUACUCUUCGAAAUCGGCGAAAAGCAGAUAAAAAGCCCCAGCAAGUCACUAAAAUUGCAACACCAAAAGCGCGCGUGCGCAACACAAUAAGUUAGAAGAUUUCGAUUUAUACGGUCAGAAGACAAGGCACUAUGGCGGCCGUUGAAGUGAGAAAUGGCUAUAAGUACUAUGGAUCCAAAUCGAAUCCCAAGAUUGUGCUCAACCAGCUGAAUAUGAACGUGAUGCGCGGUUCCAUAUACGGAUUGCUGGGAGCCUCCGGCUGCGGAAAGACAACACUGCUCUCCUGCAUCGUCGGCCAGAGGCGGCUCAAUGGGGGCGAGGUCUCAGUACUUGGGGCGAAACCUGGCGAACCGGGCAGUGGCGUGCCGGGAUCCCGCGUGGGAUUCAUGCCCCAGGAGAUCGCCCUGGUCGAGGAGAUGACCGUGAAGGAAACGAUCUUUUACUUCGGGCGCAUCUACGGCCUGACGGACGAGCGCAUCCGCGAGAAGUUCAAGCUGCUCAAGGAACUGCUACAACUGCCGCCGGCUAGGCAGAUGAUCAAGCAGUGCAGCGGAGGACAGCAGCGACGUCUGUCCUUUGCCUGCGCCAUGAUACACGAUCCGGAGCUCCUCAUCCUGGACGAGCCCACAGUGGGAUUGGAUCCCAUGCUGCGCGAAAAAAUCUGGGACUUUCUCGUGGAGACCACGAGGAAUAGCAAACUGGCUGUGAUCAUUACUACCCAUUACAUAGAGGAAGCUAAGCAAGCGAAUUGCAUUGGUCUUAUGCGCAACGGCGUUCUAUUGGCCGAGGACACCCCCAACAACAUCAUGAUCAAGUUUGGAACUCAGUCGAUCGAGGACGCCUUCCUCAUUUUGAGCCAGCGACAAGGCAACGAAGACGACUUGGCCCAAAUCAUGGAUCACAGCAAGAAUCAGGCCUUGCCAACAGCUGUGCUGCCUCCUGAGGUUAUAGACACUCAUGAGCCGAACACGCAGGAGAAACAGCCGAUCCCGUUCGAGGAGCCUCUGAACGAGAACCGCAAGAAGGUCUUCUUCACCACCAAGGGCAGGGUUAAGGCCUUGAUGACAAAGAAUUUUGUUCAACUCUUCAGGCAGCCUUCAGGAAUCAUCUUCAUGCUGCUGUUUCCCAUUAUACAACUGACUUGCUUCUAUCUGGCCAUCGGAAAAACGCCCACGAAUCUGGAGAUAGGAGUUUACUCCGGAGAAGUGGAGAGCUACGGGGAAUGCUUCAACGAUAGCCUGGUCACGGUGUACAAGGACAACGACAGCUGUCAGUUUAACAAGCUCUCCUGCAGAUACAUCCGCGAGUUGGGCGACGACGUGGCCACGCGGAAGUACUACUCCAGUGAAGCAGAUGCCCUGAGCGAUGCAAAGCGCGCCACCACCGUUGGGUACUUAUAUUUUGCCCAGAACUUUAGCGACUCGAUCCUCUCGGUGAUGGAGGACGGAAUCCAUACCAGUGACGGAGCCGUGGACCACGCAGAGCUUAGUAUCCACAUCGACAUGACAGAUCAACAAGUGGCGUACUUCAUGCAGCGAAAGCUCCGUGACAAGUUCAGCUCCUUCAUGCGGAGUGUGGUGAAGGACUGCAAUGUAUCCUCAGCCAUUGUCGAUCUCCCCGUGCAGUUCCAGGACCCGAUCUUCGGCAGCACAGACAUCGAGUUCCAGCAGUACUGUGCCCCGGGUGUGGUCAUGACCAUGGUGUUCUUCCUGGCCACAUUGAUGACGGCUGCCGUGUUCAUUUCGGAGCGAAUGGAUGGCAUUUGGGACCGAACUCUCUUGGCAGGCGUCUCGGCCACCGAAAUGCUAUGGGCCCACCUGUUAACCCAGCUCAUCAUCAUGACCCUGCAGUCGUUCGAGGUUAUCAUGUACAUAGGUCUGGUUUUCGAUACCUACAACAAUGGGGAUACCACAACACUCAUUGGGCUGUUGACGCUGACCGCAUUUUGUGGCAUGUUGUUUGGACUCUUCAUAUCCGUCUUCUGCAAAUCGCAUACGGAGGCAAACUUUGUGGCUACUGGCGCCUUUUAUCCCAUGAUUAUACUUUGCGGACUUCUGUGGCCGCUGGAGAGCAUGCCGCAGUUCCUACAGGAUCUGGUGAUGGUGCUACCUUUCACCAUACCCUCCAUUUCGGCGCGAAACGUCAUCGAGAAGGGCUGGGGCAUCACCCACGAAAAGGUCUACAAUGGUUUCUUGGUCAUGGCCGGCUGGACGAUCAUCUUCUUCGUGCUCUGCCUGAUCGGCAUCAGACGCAAGGCGUAAAGUCAGAUCCUGGGCUAAACUUUAAUAUUUGGGGGCCUUCAUUUAGUUGUAGUUUAUUAGCAUUUUUGAUAGGUCAUCUAUGUGCUUGUCGUUUUAAUUUAAUAACUUUCGGAAGCAUAUCACUCGCAUGUUGCAGACUCUCAUCAGACACGGAAACACAUUUAUACCAACGAAUAGUAACACAUUCUGGGCGGUCAUCAGCGCGCGUGCUGGACUGUACCUAAUUCAUCAUACGGUCUUAAGGGUGUCUCACAGAACUAUUUAUAAUACACAGGAAACCACAGUACUCAUUGACAAUGUUAAAUUUCGUAUUCCGUUUAUAUCUGUAUAAAAUGUGGAAACAUGUAAAUCGAAAUUUAAAAUCAACCAAAAAUAAAAACCUAAAUUAAAUGUU